AAUCCUUGGAGAGGCAGAGGCUCAAUAUUGAAGAUCGCCAUCAACUGGAUAUCCAGUCUUACCAGGAUACCAUUGCCCAGUUGGACAACGAGCUGAGGAAUACCAAGUGGGAAAUGGCCGCACAGCUAAGAGAGUACCAAGAUCUGCUCAAUGUCAAAAUGGCUCUGGAUAUAGAGAUAGCUGCAUACAGGAAGCUGCUGGAAGGAGAGGAAUGCCACUUUGGAGGUGGGAUGGGGAUUUUCCCUUUCCCUGAAAUUCCCCCCAAGGUCCCUAGCAUUCCCACUCACAUCAGAGUGAAAAGCGAGGAGAAAAUUAAAGUGGUGGAGAAAUCUGAAAAGGAGACGGUGAUUGUAGAAGAGCAGACGGAGGAAGUGCAAGUGACUGAAGAAGUGACAGAGGAAGAAGUGAGUGAGAAAAAAGAGGAAGAGGAAGCAAAAGAGGAAGAAGAGGAAGAGGAAGCAAAGGAGGAAGAAGAAGAAGGCAAAGGAGAAGAACGUGAAGAAGCAGGAAGAGAAAAGGAAUCUCCAUCUGCAGAGAAAACCUCAUUGCCAGAAAAGAAGCCCACACUGAAGGAAGAGGAGCCCAAAUCUCCUGAGAAGGAGGCAACUUCCCCUAUCAAAGAAGAAAGCAAAUCUCCAGCAAAACCUGGAUCUCCUGCCAAGGAAGGAAGCCGGACUCCAGAAAGGCUCAAAUCUCCAACAAAAGAGGAAGAAAAACCUCCUGUUGUGAAAAGUCCAGAGAAAGUUGCUUCACCAACAAAAGAGGACCUCAAGACUCCAGAAAAGCUCAAAUCUCCAACAAAGGAAGCAGAAAAACUUCCAGCUGUGAAAAUUCCAGAGAAAGUUCCUUCACCAACGAAAGAGGACCUCAAGACUCCAGAAAAGCUCAAAUCUCCAACAAAGGAAGCAGAAAAACCUCCAGCUGUGAAAAGUCCAGAGAAAGUUCCUUCACCAACGAAAGAGGACCUCAAGACUCCAGAAAAACUCAAAUCUCCAACAAAGGAAGAAGCUAAAUCUCCAGAGAAAGUCAAGACACCAACAAAGGCCAAAUCUCCAGAAAAGGAAACAGCACCACAAAAGGAGCCAGCUAAACCAGUGACAAAGGAAGAGAAGGCACCAGGGAAAGAAGAGGAAGUGCCGGCCAAGCCCAUGGCUGAGGAGAAGAAACCGAGCAAGAAAGAAGAGACCAAGCCAGAAAUCCCAGCCAAGGAUACCCCAAGGGCAGAAGCCAAGGAAGAGUUAAAGGAGAAGGCUGAAGAUGAGAAGAAACCAAGCACCAAGGCAGAGACACCUACCCUUGGUGGGAAAAAUGCGACUGCUGCUGCCAAGGCUGAGGAGAGCAAGGGGAAGGAAAAGGAGACCACCAAACCAGAGCCAGAGAAAGAGGUGGAGAAAGGAACCAAGGAGUCUGUGCCAAAAUCUCCAGCCGAGGAAGUGAAAGCUAAGACACCAAGCCAGCCAGCCAAGAAGGAAGCUGAGAAGGCCAAGGCUGAAGUGGAGAAAGAAGAACCAAAGAAGGAGAAAGCAGAGCCCAAGAAGGAGGAGGAGGAGGAGAAACCUAAAGCAGGAGAGAAACCCAAAGAAGUGAAGAAGGAGCUAAGCCCCAAAGAGACUCCCACGCCGGAGGAUGCCCAAGAAACACCAAAGGCAACAAAGACAGAAAAAGGGGGAAAGCCCUCUGAGAAGAUGGACCCCAAAAACGAUAAGCCCACCGAAAAAGAAGAGAAGAGCAAGACAAGCGAGAAGUGAUCAGAAGAUGCUGGAGGUGCCGGAGGGGGCGCCACAGGACUGUUGGAAGGCCACCCGGUGUCAGGACUGUCACUCCUCAAGGCCAGAUCUCGGUUAGGUAA